AUGGUUUAUAACAACUUUGUAGCCGUUAUCUUCGACAAUUUCAAGGAUGCCUCUCCUUUUAUCUCCGGAUGUACAAUUGAAAGCAUCGAUGACUUUCUGAUCGAACCUGGUGUUGGGCUACCUCAGACUGGCCCCCUUGAAGUCUCUGUUCAUGACAUCACCAAUGUGAUCUCAGCUGAGCAGAAACUUCGAGGACUCCAUUUUGAUGCUAAAUUUUGUAACCUCUUCACUCUCCCAUUGGAUAUUUCCCCUGAACUGGAGUCGGAUAACGCGCUUCUAAUUGUCCAAAUUGGCAACUUCGCUAUUCCUCUGGAAAAGCCCGUUUCAAUACUUGUACCUAGGGGCAUUCCUUACAAAUUUGUUAGCAUCGCUGCCAAUAUCAUCAAUGCCUCGCGUCUUAAAUUUCUCCCCAAACGACCUUAA